AUUACUCAGAGUAGGUAAUGAAUAAGAUUUCGAUAUAAUAAAUCAGUCUUGUGAGAUAUUUCAACUCCAACGGACGUGUUUUAAAAAUGUUUUACGAAAGCGACCAGACUUCGGUGGACUUUGAUUCACCCGUUCGACGUCCCCCUGAUCCAUCUAAGCACCGUACUCCUCGAGGACCCUUCCCCGAUUGUCCGUCCGAUUCCGGCAGCCCAAGCCCUUCUGCAAGCCCGUCCAGGUAUCGUUCCUCUCGCCGCCCCGUCCCUGACCCAUCUAAGCACCGUACUCCUCGAGGACCCGUCCCCGAUUGUCCGUCCGAUUCCGGCAGCCCAAGCCCUUCCGUCAGCCGGUCAAGAUAUCGUGCAUCCCAUCGCCCCGUCCCUGAUCCAUCCAAGCACCGUACUCCUCGAGGACCCGUCCCCGAUUGUCCGUCCGAUUCCGGCAGCGCAAGCCCUUCUGCCAGCCCGUCAAGAUAUCGUGCAUCCCGUCGUCCUGUUCCCGGCAGCCCGUCCGAUUCUGGCAGUCCAAGCCCUUCCGUCAGCCCGUCCAGGUACCGUUCCUCCCGCUCCGUUCCUGAUCACCCACCCGAUUCUGGCACUCCAUCCGUCCAAGGUCCUGUCAGUCCAUCAAGAGAUCGCUCCUCCCAUCGUCCCGUUGCUGAAUACCCUCCCUCAACGCGUCGCCGAUUGGUUCGGCGUACUUCAUCGAUUCGGAAGCCCGGAUCGAAUAAGCGCGGUUUGUCCCGAAACUGCGGCUCCACGGUUCACUACAAUGGCGCAAAAGCUCCCAAAAAAAUGGUGAGGAUAUCAAUGAAAAAGCGCAUGAGAAAAUUAGAAGCUGCAUUAAAUACACAACGAAAGAUUAGUGUAGCUCUCGCGACCAAACUUAACAGUUCAAAAUCGGCAAAGAAGGUUGGACGUUGUUCAAACGUGUCCAAUUCAGACGAAUUCAUUGAUAUAAUGCAUUCUACUGCGAAUGAAAUUGCAAAUUCGAGAGACCAAGGAGAAUCCUCUUUAUAUAGUUGCAUGAACAACAUGUCGAUUGCCUCGCUGAACGUUCCCGAGUGCAAAUCUUCCGACGGUGAGGAUGAUAUCGACAAGAAGACAUUCCAAAAAUGGAAAGAUUUGCUAGAAACUUCCAUGCAACUUGUGGGGAUAUCGGACGAACUCACCAAAAUGAGAAUUUUCAGAAUCAAAGCUGGCUCAAAGCUUCUCGAUAUACUUGAUAGCACAACAUCUACUCCAGAAAAUCCGAAUGCAGAAAGUCAUCCAUAUUCUAAUGCAAUAGCCCGGCUUACCAAUUCGUUUGGGUCACGUGAUCAUUGUUUGAUGCAGCGUCAAAAAUUACGAUCAAUCUCUCAGAAUGCGGGUGAAACGGAUUUGAAAUUCGUUAAACGCGUAGUGGCUGCCGCCAAAUUAUGCGAUUUUGGAGACGAACAGUUACUGGAAAACGUUGCUUUCGUAAUUCAAUCUCACGCAGAUAAUUUCAAAGUGCGUGAGGCAAGUCGAAAAGUUUUGAGAAAAGGAGGAUCAUUAGCCGCUCUUCUGGAAAAGGUACAGGCAUUUGAGAUGGAGAAAUUCAAUGAAGAAAUAUACCUCAAGAAUCGUAAGAAAUCGGUUGAUUCGGAGAUCGCAGCAGUUUCGUAUGAGCACUCUACCGAAAAUGGCUCUCAGAUCAUAAAAUCUGAUAGCAGCCGCAAUGGUAAACCUUUUAUUCGUAAGUGGAGAGUUCCCCAAGAUCAAGGAAACAAAUAUCGUCAAGACUUUCGAGUACAAUAUCGUAAGCCUUGCUGGAGAUGUACAAGUACUCGGCACUUAGCAUCUGAAUGCCAUGCUAUCGACAAAUCAUGCAGGAAAUGCCUCCGUAAGGGACAUUUGGAGCGUGCGUGUCGUACAGCUCCUUCACAAGAAUUCAUGAAACGGAGAAAUGAUGAUCAUGUACAAGGACCACCUCCAAAAGUACGUCGAGUCGCUGCUGUUUCUAAGGAAGAAGAAAAUGUCGAUGAAACUGCUGUAAGUACUGAGGAAUCGUUUUAAUUUUUUUUUUCCUCAAAUCUGUUAUCCUACACUCAAAUAUCGUUCGUUGUUUAAGUUUUGCAAUAUAUAUAUAAAUAUAAACUACAAUAAGAAAUUGUUUCGUUAUAAAAAAUAUUCAAACUAAUUAUAAUGGGUUUGUGGGAUAACACAGUUACACAAUCCCACCAUUUUCGUUAUUUCAAUAUGUUGCCCAACGCUUAUAAUUUCAGAAAGCGAAUCAAGUGACCGAUGCUUCAACAAAAGAAAGUGAAGGUAUUGUUGUUGGUUAUAUAGCCAACCACGCCGUAACCUUUUUAAUCGACUCUGGAGCUGAAGUCAAUACGAUUGAUGCAAAAACCUUCGAUCUAUUGAAAAGUUGUGAUUUGUCCUCAAAAACACUACACUGUGUAACAAAGGGCUCCGAUAAACAACUCAAAGGAUAUGCAUCUUCGCGAAGCAUUACUGUCAUAGCCACUUUCGUUGCGGAGUUAACUAUCACUGAAGAUCGUCCAAUAUGCAUGGAAAAGUUCUAUGUUAUUGCUGAUGCUAGACCGUUGCUUGGAAGAAAUACUGCAAUGCGAUACAGCGUUCUUCAAGUCGGUUUGAAUGUUCCGGUCAUGAACAAUGACUCCUUGUUAUUCGAAGAUAGAUUGUUUGCAGGAGAAAUUUGUCAAAUUUCUGAGGAAUUUCCAAAAUUCAACGUGCCUCCGGUGGUUCUUACCUAUGAUAAAACUAAACCGCCUAGUAGGAAUAUCUACACUAGCAUACCACCAGCGUUCAAAGCUGAAACGGAACGCCGCCUGCAAGAUCUGCUAAAUUCGGGUAUUAUUGAGGAAGUCACUGACGACAUGGAUAAAACCUUUUGCUCAUCUCUGUUGGUGGUUCCAAAGGGCAAAAAUGAUAUCAGGUUGGUGGUUGACCUACGGGGACCAAACAAAUGUAUUGUUAGAACACCUUUCCGUAUGCCAACUUUAGAAGAAAUCAUCUCUAAACUGAAUGGGGCACAAUGGUUUUCUACAAUUGACCUUACGAGUGCCUUCUUUCACGUUGUGCUAGAUGUCGAUUCAAGGCACUUAACCAACUUUUUUGCUGGAAGCGCAACAUACAGAUUUGUGAGAUUACCAUUCGGUUUAUGUAAUGCGCCGGAUAUAUUUCAAGAAAUCCUGCAAACGGUUGUUCUUGCUGACUGUGACGGAGAAGUCAACUAUUUGGACGAUGUUCUUGUGUUUGGAAAAACAAAAGAAGAACACGACGCUAACUUAAAGAUGGUUUUAACUAAACUUCACCAACACGGAGUCAAGCUCAAUGAGGAUAAAUGCGUUUUUGGAAAACAGAAAGUGAAAUUCAUUGGGUUCAUGAUGUCUCAAGAUGGCAUGAGCAUAGGUGAAGACAAGAUGACAGCCAUUCGUGAAUUUCGACGUCCGGAAACUCAAAAGGAAGUGAAAAGUUUUCUUGGUCUCAUGAACUUCACGGAACGUUUUAUUUUCAAAAGAUCGGAGAAAACGGAAAAUCUUAGAAUGCUGGCGAAAUCCGAAAGUUUUUACUGGACUAAAAAGGAAGACGACGAGUUCAACUAUCUAAGGCAUGAGGCUUUAAAAUCCAUACAGAAGUUGGGAUAUUUUGACUGCAAAGAUAAGACUGAGAUAUACGUGGAUGCGUCUCCAAUAGGCUUAGGAGCCGUGUUGGUCCAAUUCAACAAUGCCGAAGUUCCACGAAUCAUCGCAUGCGCCUCAAAAACGCUUACGGAGUCAGAAAAAAAAUAUCCCCACACACAGAAAGAGGCAUUGGCAAUGGUUUGGGGAAUAGAGAGGUUUUCUUUCUAUCUCACGGGAAUUUCAUUUGUUGUGCGAACUGACUCAGAAGCAAACAAAUUUAUAUUUGGGAAUGCUUUUCGAACUGGUAAAAGAGCUGUAUCUCGUGCAGAAACUUGGGCCUUGCGUCUGCAGUCGUAUGAUUUUGAAGUAAAAUAUAUACCUGGUCAGCUCAAUGUUGCAGAUGCCCUGUCCAGGCUAAUUUCCGGAACCAAAAUUGAUGAGCCGUUCGACGAAGAUGAUGAUAAGCAUUUGCUCUAUGCCCUCGACGCGGGAUCAAUGAGUAUUACAUGGAGCGAUAUUGAUCUUGCGUCUGAAAACGAUGAUGAACUUGUAGCGGUCCGUUUGGCCUUGACAUCUCAAAACUGGCCACAAUAUCUCAAGCGGUUUGAAGCACACUCCAAAGUAUUACGCACUUUGGGUCCUCGAGUUUUCAAAGAAGACAGAGUUGUUCUUCCUAGAGAAUUACGAGAAGAAGCUUUGAAAACAGCACACCGGGGACAUAUUGGUUGCGCAGCAAUGAAAAGAAUAAUGCGGGAAUACUUCUGGUGGCC